UUUAUGGGCGACUAUUUGCAUACCUUGGAUAUACAAGCAAAGAGUUUUACUGUGACAAUAAAGUAUUCAAUUCAAUUCAAUCCGCUUGUUGUUUUAACGUUGCUUGCGGCCCGGCACGCUUCCCUGUUUUCCCCACUAGGUGGUAGCACCUUGACCUUGUGAGUGUGCUCCCUGGGCUGGGGUUAACAUCGAGCAGUGCUGGCUGGAGGUUGGGGGCUGUGCUCGCUGGGGGUGUCCACAACCCCGGGAGGUGGAUUCCUGCCUUCAGUGGGGGCUUCCAGUGCCAAGCAGCUUAGCUCUUCCACUUCGAGUCCAAAAGUGGGCAUGAACAUCUGUGUUGAGGUCGGCCUGUCGAGAGGAAGGUUAAGUGGAUUGCGGACAGAGACUCGCAAUAAGUGGAGCAAGACUGAGAAACCCAUCUGAUUCGACCAUGUUCAUGAGAAUGUCAACACGGCUCCUCCCGACUGCGAUCAGUAUUCUUUACAAAUGGGAAGAUACGCCACGAACAGCCUCCCCCUUACCUCUGAAGAAGGAGCAACAACCCUACUACAACUUAACGGUGAAAGUUCUACAGGGAUGGAAUAUUGUCACAGAAGAUUUCUUGAGUGCAAAAGACUGUUACGUCUCCUUGCACCUCCCCACCGCAUCUGUAGUCGACUACAGGACAAAAAGCAUCAACGAUCUGCAGUGGAAUGAAACCUUCAAUUACAAGAUCCAGAGCAUUAUAAAGAAUGUAUUGGAGCUCUCCAUCUACACUGAAAACGUCAAGAUGACAAAACAUCUGUCGUCAGUAGCUUUUGACAUUGGGAAAAUUGAACUUAACCACAGUAUGAACACCACCAUAGACCUGAAGGAUGACCAACAACUGCAAGUGGAGUUUCACUUAGAAAAAUCUGACGAUCCUCCAAACGAGAUCAUCACCAACGGUGUGAUUGUGGCACAGCCCUGUACUUGUGUGCAGACUAACGUUAGGAAUGCCAACAAUGUCCACGUGGCAGGCACAGGUGUUAAUAUUCAGUAUAAUGUGUUAAUGAAUGUGGAUGGAUCCGUUGAGCAGGAACAAGUCACCACUCGCAAACCGCUCGCAAAUCCAGUGUGGAACGAAAGGUGUACCUUCCACAUCAACAGUAACUUGGACCCGCAAUUGAAGAUCGACCUCAUUCAGAGCAGUACUGAAUUGCAGGAGGACAUGAGUAUUGAAAUGUCGAAGGAGACGUAUGUGGUGGGUUCGGGCUCCGUGCCACUGCGGCAGCUUCCUCUGGGGAAGAACAGGGGUGUUUCUUUACCCCUUGGACAGGAGCAGACCGUUGACCUGCAGCUGAAGGCCCAGAAAUGCUUUGAAGAUCUCGAUGUACGCCUCAGCUUUGACAUUGCUGAGCCCGAAAAGGAGUUCCUUGCAAAGAGAAAGAAGUUGGUGGCGAGGGCACUGGCGAAGGUACUCAAGUUGACAAAGAUACCCAAGAGCAGUCAGGCACCCAUCAUUGCGAUCCUUGGCUCGGGCGGUGGGAUGAGAGCGAUGACCUCCCUCUAUGGGAUCCUGCUGGGACUGCAGGAACUCCAGCUGUUGAACUGUAUCGCCUACAUCUUCGGAGUGUCGGGCUCUGCCUGGUGCAUAUCUCAUCUGUACCAGGAUUCCGAAUGGUCUCUCCAGGACAUCAGAGAGGCAAUUAAGAGAAUCAAGCCACACGUAACCAGGAGUAAGAGUUUUGCUCUGUCCAAGGAUCGGGUAGGGUAUUACAUCAAUGCCCUGGCGGAGAGGAAUCGCUCAGGCUAUAAUGUGUCCAUUCCAGACCUGUGGGGACUCAUCAUCGAGUCAUUUAUACACGGGAAGCAGGAGAAUAGGACUAAGCUGUCAGACCAACAGAGAGCAGUGAGAAGGGGCCAGAAUCCAUAUCCUGUCUACGCCAGUCUAAAUGUGAAGACCAAUGUCAGCGCCACAGAAUUUGGAGAAUGGUUUGAGUACACUCCUUACGAAGUGGGAAUUCCCAGAUAUGGAGCUUAUAUUCCAGUCCAGCAUUUUGGCAGCAAGUUCUUCAUGGGAUACCUAAUAAAGAAGUUUCCUGAAACAACAAUCACCUUCUUGAACGGCCAGUGGGGAAGUGCUUUUGCAGCAAAUCUGGAGGAGAUCCUGAGGGAGCUGAUCGGGCCUACCAACUCCUGGAUGCGGAGCCUGCGCGAUGCUAUCAGCAGGAGAGAAAUACCCAGCGAUUCGCCUGAAAUCCACAUGCAGAUGACCAUUCCACAGGGCAUGUUGGACGCUCUGAUGAAGAACCUAUUUGUAUCACGCUUGACAACAUCAGAAACCAACAACUUCAUGAAGGGGCUCUUCCUGCACCAAAAGUAUGACGAGAAUGACAAUUUCAUAAGCCGGGAAGUUCAAAGGCGCACGAUAUCUCCCAAUCAGCUAACCCCAAUGGAAAAUCUGCUGCACCUGGUCGACGCUGGGUUUUCAAACAAUUCGGCGUUUCCUCUUGCCCUGCAGUCACAAAGGCACAUUGAUGUCAUCCUGUCUUUUAGUUUUAGCCGCGGAUCGCCAUUCAAGGUUUUGAAGAAGACUGAGAAAUACUGCAUGGAAAACAAUAUUCCGUUCCCAAAGAUUGAUGUUACAGAGUUGCUUGAAAGAAGCCUGCAGGAAUGCUACAUCUUCAAGGAUGAAAACAAUCCCAAAGUUCCAAUUGUCAUUCACUUCCCUCUCACAAAUGCCACAUUCCGAAACUACGUAUCCCCAGGGAUGGAACGACUGUCGAAUGAGGAGAAAGAUUAUGGCAGUUUUGUCCUGGAGGCUGAGAAUUCUCCAUACAACACUCUGAACUUUACAUACACUGCUACUGAUUUUGACCGGCUGAUUGAUCUGUGUUGCUACAAUGUGAUGAACAAUAAGAGCCUGAUUCUGAUGGCCUUCAAGGAAGCAUUGGCGAAGAGGUACUAAUCCUGGCCGACUGAAUACUGAAGUUGGUACUGAGCAAUCAAUCGCUACGCUCCGUUUGUGUGUGCCUUCAAGGUGAAUCAGAGGUCUGUCUUUGUGCACUGGGUUACAGGGCACUGCUCUCAAUCCUUGCUCCUCCUUGCAGAGUCCUUCACUAGUAUUCUGAUUCACCCUGUCGAUCAAUUCUCAACUUGAUCAAUCCUAAUUGGGAAGUCACCUCCCCAACAAUGCAGCAAGUGCCUGAAAUGGACUCCUUGCUCCACAGUUCUUGAACUCUAUUUCAUUACAGCUCGAGUAUACGUGACAAGCAGUGUUGUUGUAUCUUGUACAAAACAAUAAAGAUAACUGUAGCUAUCCACACAUGCCCCAUUCACAGCCAGCAUUUGCCAUCUACAAAUCUACAGUGGGAAGUUUUGCUUUUUGGCUUUGUUAUCGUUGCCCACUUUGAAAUACUCCUUCAAGUCAAGCCGUCGGCUGCAAAGAGGUGCGGCCAGAUCCAACAAAGUUUUGCUGUACUGUACAAUGAACUGUAAAAUGGAAGUCAGUACAGUUGAGUGCUAACUUCUGCUUUAAUGGAGUGAUUUGGAUAUAACUAGCAGAUUUGUUUCUUUCACUGACAUGGGUCGUGUACAAGCUGAGUGUGAUGACUGCUGUUAUAGAAUGGGCUGCCGUCGUGGUAGCCAUCCUGGGAGCAGAUGUCCGCACAGAUGAAUUUGGUUAAGAAUGUUGCCUUUAGAUUUUUAAUAAGGAUUUUAUAACCUGCCAAAAAGCAAUAAACCUGUUGUGUACUAUCAAUGUAGGCUGAUUUUAAUGAUUUAAUGGGAAUGUAUAUCCAGAAUAUAUUAUCCCUGGAGACAAUAGACAAUAGGUGCAGGAGUAGGCCAUUCGGCCCUUCGAGCCCGCACCGCCAUUCAAUGGGAUCAUGGCUGAUCAUCCUCAAUCAGUACCCCGUUCCUGCCUUCUCCCCAUAUCCCCUGACUCCGCUAUUUUUAAGAGCCCUAUCUAACUCUCUCUUGAAAGCAUUCAUAGAACCGGCCUCCACCGCCCUCUGAGGCAGAGAGUUCCACAGACAUCUAGGUACGUUACAUUUACUUUAGAGAUACAGCAUGGAAACAGGCCCUUUGGCCCCCUGUCUCCACUGACCAGCUAUCACCCCGUACACUAGUUCCAUCCUAUACACUGGAGACACUUUACAAUUUUGCAGAAGCUAAUUGACCUACAAACCUGUAUGUCCUUGGAGUGUGGGACGAGGGAAAACUCACCUAGUCACGGGGAGAAUGUACAAACUCUGUGCAGGCAACACCCGGAGUUAG